UGUCCCAAACUAAUCUGCUGAGUGCUGUCACAACAAAAACGAAACGUCAAUAGGUAACCAAAAGUUGUGUUUGUAUUUUUCCCUGAUUUUUCAAAGUUCUGAAAGAAAAUAAUACUUAAAAAAAUAACAAUGAGCACUACAGAAUCACAUGGUGAUGACUGGGAUCUACCAUGUUCAGAUGACGAGCUAUCCAAGAGUGGUGUGUUCAUCGGCAAGAACUGGAUGCCUGACCCUGCUGAAUUAGAAGAACUGUACAAGGCUCUCGAUAAAACAGGAACUGUUACACUGGAAUGGAAAUGCCCUGGGAGGAGGCUUCCAUCCCCCGUGCCGGUGAGCAAAGAAAAUCAGCCUGAAAUUCCCGCGUCGCCAAUAAGAGAAGAAAAAUCAGAUUUUGAUUUUAUGGAUGAAGUGAGUUCGUUGCGUUUACGAGUGCGCAGCAAAGGAGAGGACACUCUGAGAGGAUCUGCUAAAAAGAAGACUACCUCGUUCGACGGCAUUCUGUCGAACAUGAUCAGACACAAGCGCAUAGAGCAGAUGGAGAAGCAAGCCAACACGUCUCCAUCAACACCGUCGUCUAGUGGCAGUUGAUUAGAGGACGGGAGUGAUGCUAGUGACUAAAGUGGACUCAGUGGAAGGAAUCAUCAGUAUCAUUGACAUGUUGUGUUGAACUCCUUCAGUGUUUGAACGUACAAUCUGGUAUUUACUACUAUAAAAAUCUUCAUAUUCUUUAUCAAUAAUGUUCAAUAUUGUAACCAGUUAAUUAUAGAUUUUGCACUGCUUGAUUAAUAGUAGAGGAAUGCUUUUGAUAUGUGACAUGAGACUUCAGUUUUAUCAGAUACUCAGAAUUGAUUUUGUCUUGUUAAGUGGUAAGGAAUUAAAGGAUAUCAACAGACACACACAAGCACUGGUACUCAGCUGAAUCCGGUUAGACUGGAAGCCGACCCCAACAUAGUUUGGGAAAAGGCUCAGAGGAUGGAACAGACACACACAAAAUAAACUAUACCUACUUAAUAUUUAAUUUCUUAUAUAUAUUUAUUUACAUGAAACUAUUCUACAAAUAAUACAGAACUAGGCAGUCAUUAUAGCAGAUGUUGGGUUGAGCAGAUGUUCAUUUUCCUCCAGUAUUUCUGCACACGUGUUCAUGUUGUCUGCUAGAUGCUCCAGGGUCCAGUGCUUCCGCAGUAGAGCCAGGUCCACAUCGAACUUGCCUUGCCUGAUGCACUGGACAGCUGUGCAGUAGGCUGUGGACUUUAGUUGGACACCAAGGUCAUGAAUGAGGGUCCAGAAGUACUUCUCAUAUUCAUUUACUGAUUGUAUUUCUGUAAAAAAAGAUGUUACUAUACGUUAUUAGCAGACUGACAUAUUAUUAUAAAGGUUAUUAUAGCUUUAGGUUACAGAUGUAACUAAAUAAAUAUCACUCAAGUUCUUCUCAAUA